AUGACUGCAAUACCCAUCAAAUCCUUCGGAAAAACACUUCUGGACAAAUCCACAGAAUGUAUUAUUGUUGCUGUGCCAGAAGAAGACUACAAGCUCACACCACCUGGGGCUAGGCCAGCAACUAUUGUUGCUGUCAACAGGAAUGGUAGAACAUCCAAGCAUGUUGUUAGAUGUGGCUUAAACACAACAGUGUCCAACAUCUCAUGCUUUCUGCAAGGUUUAUCUAUCAGCAGCAUAUGCAAAAGAGUCAACCAAGAACUGAUGCAAAAGAAGCUUCCACAGUUUGGCAGGCAAGUAUCCAUUGAAGUGCAGGAGCUAUUCACAAUGUUACAGCUUACAGACCUCAGUCGGAUGGUGUGUGACAAAUCAUUUUCGAGCUCAUCGAACCUCCGUGUACACAAAUGUAUUUAUGAUGGAGCAAAUGUAUUUUCCUGUAAGGUGUGUAACAAAUCGUUUUCACAGUCAUGGACGCUGCGUGUGCAUCUGCGCAUUCACACCGGGGAGAAACCUUUCACCUGCGACGUGUGCAGCAAGUCAUUCUCACAGCCAUCGACCCUCCGUGAACACCAACGUAUUCACACUGGAGAGAAACCAUUCACGUGUGAGGUGUGUGACAGAUCAUUCAGGCAGUCAUCAAGUUACCGUGCCCACCAACAAAUUCACACUGGGGAGAAACCACACAAGUGUGAGGUGUGUGGCAAAUCCUUCUCGUGGUUAACAAAUCUCCGUGCACACCAACGCAUUCACACAGGGGCGGAAGCAGUCAAGUGCGAGGUGUGUGACAAAGUGUUCACGCAGUUAAGGAGUCUCCUGCUACAUCAGACAACCCACACAGGGGAGAAACCCUUCAAGUGUGAGGCUUGUGAUAAAGGUUUUGCAACAUCUUCAACCCUCCUGAUACACCAGAGGAUUCACACAGGGGAGAAACCCUUCAAAUGUGAAUUUUGCGAGAUGGCUUUUUCUCAAAUGUAUCAUCUCUUGAGACACCAGAUGACUCACACAGGUGAAAAACCCUUUAAGUGUGAGGUGUGCGACCGAGCCUUCACCCAGUCAUCAUCACUGAUAAAGCACCAGCGCGUUCACACUGGGGAGAAGCCGUUCAAAUGUGAGAUGUGUGACAAAUCAUUCUCAGAUUCAUCGCAUCUCCACAGACACCGACGCACUCACACUGGGGAGAAACCCUUCACGUGUGAAGUGUGUAGCAAAUCCUUCUUAAGAUCAUCAAACCUCCGCACACACCAAUGCGUUCACACCGGGGUGAUGCCGUUCAAGUGUGAGGUGUGUGGCAAGGGGUUUGCAGAAUCAUCAGCCCUGCUCAAACACUGGCAUGUCCAUACAGGGGAGAAACCAUUCACAUGUGAGGUGUGUGACAGAUCAUUUUCACAGCUAGGAAAUCUCUGUGUACACAAAUACAUUCACAAAAGCGAGAAUCUCUCAUCAUGCUAGGUAUGCAAGAAGUCAUUCUCUGACACAUCAUCCUUCUGUGCACAUCCAGAGAGGAGAAUCCUUUCCCUGCAAGGUGCGCAGAAAUCCUUCUUGAGUUUGUCAGACCUUAUAUUCCAUCAGGGGCUCCUGCAAAGGAGAAAGUCUUCAACUGUGAACUGUCAUGUGGGAGGAAGCAGUGGUGUAAUAGCAAAAUGUUAAACACUUUGCAUACAAGUAUUUUACUAGCAUUGUGAAUACUUAGUGUUUUGAGUAAAUUUUAGUUUUAGAAAUAUGCGUUUUAGUUCAUUGGUUUUAAAAAGAUCAAAUAUUAUUGCAAGGUGAAUGGAAAAACAAGGAAUACUUUGCCACAAUUAUGCAUGGCACUGUGAGGUAGCAACAAGGUUGGUAGCCAUCUUUCUGAAAAAAGGACACAGCUGCAUUAGAAGCAGUUCAGAAAACUUUCAUUUGACAUGAUUCAUGGGAUGAGUGGGUUAUUGUGCAAGGAAACAUUAGGCAGGUUAGCCAAUAUCCAUUGGAGUUUUGAAGAAUAGGAGGGAAACUUCUUCAAACACACAAGAUUUUCAGGGCACCUGAUCAAGUGGAUGCCGAAAGGAUGUUUCUCCUGUGGGAGACAGUAGAGUGAGUUACAGAUACACGGUCCUGAGUGUUUGGAAUUCACUUCCUCAGGCAGCAUUGUUGAAUAUUUUUAAGUCAGAAAAAGAGCCAUUAAUGUCCUUCUCGGACAAUAGUCUCCUGGGUACAGGCAAAAACGUGGAGUUGAGGCCUCAGUUAGAACACUCCUGCUUUUAUUGAAUGGUGUAGCAGGCUUGAUGAAACAAGCAACCUACUCUUGCUCUGAAUUGUUAUGUUCAUGUAUGUGUUGUCAGAUAAAUAGAGAGAGCUUUAAAACAACAUGUAGACUCACUUAGCUGGAGACCUGGUAUGUGCAUUCCUUGUUGUCAUGAGUCCAGGGAAAUGUCUUGUUUUGAGAGUUACAGCUAAAUUAGUUUAAAGAUAUUUAGCAAGCCCUGAAAGGCUGUAAAAACGAAUUUUGUUUGGAAAUAACUCCAUAAAGACUGGUAUCCUGUCACCAACUCACCCUCUAUUUUUACGUGAACAGUCCUUGAUGACAAUACUGCCUCAUAGAGAGUCAGGUACCAAUGCCUGACAUUCAUAGACUACUCCUUUCCCUUGGAGAGCCUGCUGAGGUGUUUUAGCUUCAGGUCAGGUUCCUCUGACUCAGAGUUCGACAGUAUGGGCAGCAUAUAACACACAGGAGUCAAUACAGUGUGGAGCUGGCGGAACACGCAAGGUCAGGCAGGUGUAAACGCAAAACAUCAACUUUCCUGCUGCUCUGAUGCUGCCUGACCUGCUGUGUUCCUCCAGCUCCACACUGCGGACUCCAGCAUCUGCAGUACUUGCUGUCUGUAUGUGACACACUGGACCUUGUCUAUUGUGCCAGGAGCACCUCAGUAAAAUUAUACUCUGUCCUUCCAGUAGAUGAGGCAUUGAGGCUGCUACUUCUGUCGUAUCCGUCCAUGAUUCAGGGGACUCAACAAUGUUUGACCGAGAGGGUGAAUCCACAAGUUCUGACAGCAUUUCCAAAUAUUCUGAGGGGCAGGGCACAUUUUGUUCCUGCACCAUUUCAUAUGGUCCACAUGCUUAUUGAGGAUUGUCACACCUACCCAAACUUUAUAUGUCACUGGUACUGAUCUUGUGUUGACCAUGCCUCUUACCCAUGUGGGGCCAUUUCCAUAAUUUUUACACCAAACUUCGCCUCCUGUAUCAAGCUGUCUCUCUUGCUGGGUGGAGUCUUGUCUGGCAUUGGAGUUUCUGAUAUUGUCUCAUUGCACUCCCCCACCCCCCAGCCCCCAGGCCCGGGAAGGUCGGACUUAACCUGCAGCAGGUUCUUCCACCCAUUAGCAACUCUAGCGGUACAAUCCCUGCAGUUGCAUGUGGAGUGGUCCUAUAAUCAAGCAAGAACCGUGACAGCUUAGUAUCUAGGGACGCUAUUGACUGUUUCUUCAAUCCAGCCUCGAUAGUUUGGUCUGCUCUUUCUGCCAGGCUAUUGGAUGAUGGAUGGUGUAAAGAUGACCUUUGUUGUCAAAGCCCAUUUGACUGUUCGAAACAACCAAACUCCCUGCUGGUAAAUGAUGGCUCAUUAUCUGCGACCAAGACUUUGGGACUCUCUUUAUUGCAAAAGAUGUGCACUAUUUUUCUACUGUCAUCCCAGUGUUUGAUGAAUGAACCCUGUGCAUGUUGAACCCCUUUGAAUAGGUGUCUACAUGACUAAGAGCCCAUGAAAGGACCUACAUAGUUAAUAUGCAACAGUGUCCAAGGUUUAUUUGGCCAUUCCCAUGUAUGUACGGGAGCUGCUGGCAAUAAUUUUUGUUCCUUGUAGGCACCCUGGGCACUGCCCCACCAUUGCGCCAAUGUCUGCAUUCAGGCCUGGCCAUCAGAUAUAACUCUUUGCCAACAUUUACAUUUUGGAGACCCAGAUGGCACUGGUGAAGUUCCAGUAUUUGAAAGCAACCUUCACUUGGGAUAAUCACUCCUGCUCCCCAUUACAACAUGCCGAGCUGGUCUCUCUGGGUCCAGAAGGUUUCAGUUCCAGUUGUGACGGCCCUUUGGUUUGCCCCAUUAAUACCAGUUAUUUCAGUUUGGAAAGGACUGGAUCUUCCAGUGUCCAAGAUCUGUUAUUGUUAGCUGUAUCCAGAAAACUUAUCAUUAUGGGCACUUCCAUUGGGGGCACCACUGAUGGUGUAUCUGCUAAUGAGAGGUGGUUUAAUGUAUUCACCACUCCCAGACAGUCAUCAAGAUGUACAGCACAGAAACAGAUCCUUCGGUCCAACUCGUUCAUUCUACCUGAUAGCCAGAAUGAAUCAAGUCCCAUUUGCCAAUAUUUGGCCCAUAUCCCUCUAAACCCUCCUAUUCAAAUUCCCAUUCAGAUACCUUUCGAAUGUUGUAAAUGUACCAGCUUCCACCAUUUUCUCUGGCAGCUCAUUCAACACACACAUCACCCUCUGCGUAAAGAAGUACCUCUUUAAAUCUUUCCCCCCUCACCUUAAACCUAUACCCUCUAGAGUUGGACUCCCCUACCCAGGGAAAAGACCUUGUCUAUUUACCCUAUCUGUGCCCAUUAUGAUUUUAUAAACCUCUAUAAGGUCACCCCUCAGGCUCCAACGUUUCAGGGAAAAUAGCCCCGGUCCAUUCAGUCUCUCCCUAUAGCUCAAACUCUCCAACCCUGGCAACAUCCUUGUAAAUCUUUUCUGAAUCCUUUCAAGUUUCACAACAUCCUUCAUUUGGAGGGAGAGCAGAAUUGCAUGCAGUAUUACAACUACGGACUAACCAUGUCCUGUAUAGCCACAACAUGAUCUCCCAACUCCUGUACUCAAUGCACUGACCAAUAAAGGCAAGCAUAUCAAAUGCCUUCUUUUCUAUUCUGUCUACCUGCGACUCCACUUUCAAAGAACACCAAGGUCUCUUUGUUCAGCAACACUCCCCAGCACCUUCCCAUUAAGUGUAUAAGUCAUGCCUUGAUUUACCUUUCUGGAAUGCAGCACCUCACAUUUAUCUAAAUUAAACUCUGACUUAUUAGAAACACUCAAUAUUAGAACCCACUGCUGAAUGCAGCCUGAAGCUAUGGGUAGCUCUGCCUUGUCCUCUUAAAGCAGACCUAGCAGGGGUUUGUCGUCAUGAUUAACAUAAAUUUUCAUCCAUAGAGAAACCUCCUGACUCCAAAUAUGACCUCCAGUCCAUCUUUUUUUAUCUGGGUAUAUUUAAGCUCUGCAUUAAAACUAAAACUAAAAUGCAUUUCUCUCCAUUGGGCCACCAGUGAGCUAAUACCAUCCCAAUGCCGUACGAGAGGCAUUGCAUUCAAUACCAGAUCUUUCUUGGGAUCACAGUGUGCCAAUACCUUCGAGGAUGAUAACUGUUUCUUUACUUCACUGAAAGCUAGGGCUUGUCUAUGUGACCAUUUCCAAUGCUGACCCUUUUUUUAAAGGAGUUGAUGCAAAGGAGCCAGUGUGGAUCAUGUUAUGUACGAACUUUCCAUAAUAAUUUAUGAGCCUAAGAAAUGACCUAAGCUCUGGUAGCCAUGGGAGCCAGGUACCUUUAAUCUCCCUCACUUUAUCUUCCAAUGGGCUUAACUCAGUCUCGUCCACUCUAGCCCAAGUAGGUCACUUGAGGUGCCAGGAACACUUAUUUUUCCCUUCUUAGGUGUAAGUCUGCCUCAGAAAAUGCUUAGUAUUCUAUCCAAGUUCGCUAAGUGUCCCUUAUUAGUUUUCCCUGUCAUCUCGGUAAACAGUAAUCUGAGACAGACGUUGCAAAAAUGUUCUCCACCGUCCGCUAAAAUAUUGACCAGACUGAUAAUACCCCAAAUGGCAAUUUUGUAGAUUGGUACAAGCCCUCAUGGGUAAUUCUAGUCUAAAUGCAACUGCAAGUAAACAUGGCUCAUGUCCAGCUUCGUGAAGUACAGUCCCCCUCCCGCCGGCUUUGCGUUUAAAUCCUGUAUCCGAGGGAUAGGGUAUUUAUCUAGCGGGGAGAAACAGUUUAUCAUUUGUUUAAAAUCCCUACAAAAGCAAACUGAACCAUUAGGCCUCAAAAUUGGUAAGACCAGUGCUGCCCAAUGGCAGGUUUGAUGGUUCCUUCCCUUUCCAGCCUCCUGAUUUCUGCCUGUACUUCUGCCCAUGAGGCAAUGGCAUUGGGCAGGCUUUGUAGAAUCGCAGAAUUGCUUCCUGGUCAACAUACAGUCCCUAGUCAUUCCUGGAAGACUUCUGGGUGUUUAAUUAGGACUCCAAACAGGCAGCCAUUUUCUAACAGAAAAUUGUUGAGCCAAUCAAGGUGAAUGUCUCUUUACCAAGUUUGCCCCAUUAGGCUUCGGCCUGAGGUAGCGACUACAAUCAGUGGUAACUGAACCAGCUGCUUCCCAUAAGUGACCAGAACGAAAGUGGUACCUUUAAUUGGGAAAGGUCCCGGUAUAGGUUCUCAUUUGAGCUGAGUGUAGUGAUUGUAAUGAGGCCCGUCAGAUGGACCUUAUAGAAUAUGAGUUCCCUGACUGAGGCUGUUAAUCGUGUCCAUUCUGGAAUCCCUGGCUGAAGGUGAAAAGGACAGUGUCAGAGAUAUUCACACUCUGACAGCUGAAUCUGAAGAGGCAGUACUGAAGUCAAGGCUGUUUAUGUUUAAAUAAAGGCUGACUUGGUGAUGGGAUAUUGGCCUCUGUGGAACUAUUUCACUGAAGUUUAGUGCAAAGUUAAGGGCUGGAUUCUAGAGCGAAUUCUAUUAAAAAUUGAUUCUACAAUCACUGAUAUGGCUGCACUGGUCUCGACUUCAAUUAGAACUGGGUGACUAUUAAACCAGAUGUUGAACUUGAUUGGGGAUAGUAGGAACUGCCAGUGCUGGAGUCAGAGACAACACAGUGUGGAGCUGGAGGAACACAGAAGGCCAAGCAACAUCAGAGGAGCAAGAAGUUGAUGUUUCAGAUCCUGACCCUUUUCCAGAAAUCAUCUUCUUUCUGAAGAGGGAUCCUCCCCGAAACGUCACCUUUCCUACUCCUCUAAUGCUGCCUGUUUUUCUUGAUUGGUUCUGAUUUGGACGUUGCUAAGCAAUGUAACAGAUGUGGCUGGACUUUCCAGAGUAUGAACUCUGCUGGAUACCAUCCUAUGAACUUAGGCCUCGUGUCUGCAUGUCAGCAACAGCUACAGGGGCUUGCCAGCCAGGAUCCUGAAGAAACUUUUAACCAUUUGGCCGAAGCUUGGUUUUGUUCUGGGUCAUUACUGUGGGCAGACCGAGAGUCCCUCUAACCAGAGUAUGUCCUGAGUCAGACUAUGCAGUUGCCUGCACUCAGGUGGUGUUCCCCAAGCUCAGUCGGGCUCUCGAGGGUGUCCAUUUCCAACAGAAUACCCUGCAACUUGUCUGCUCCACUUGCUGCAUUUACCAAAGAAAAAGCAUGUAGCACCCGUUUGAAGUCCAGUUGGGCUUCAGCUAGUGAGUGUUUUUGCAUGGUUACAAUGGUCGCUAAGCAUUUCAUUAAGGGUUAAACCAAAUUCACAGGAUUCUGCCAAUCAUCAGAAACCCCAAAAUGGAUUCUCUGGUUCGAAUUGCCAAGUAAAAGCAAUAGCAUCUCAGAAUUAGAGGAAGCUUGGGUGCAUAAUAAUCUCUAAUAAUGUCAGUAAAUUGGUGAAAGGUUUUAGUGUUUGGUGCCUCAGGGUAAGUUAGGUUCCUAAUGACUGAAAAAGCUUCAAGUCCACAUACUGCCACUUUUCUUUAUCUCUGCCACAAUGUCAUUUGCCUGGAAAAAAUAAUGCAUUCUUUCUACAUAUUGGGCACAGUCCUCAAUGAUAGGAUUGAACAAGUCAAGCUUCCCAAACAAAGGCAUGAAGUAAGAAAUACUUACCCCAACUCAAAAUAACUGCUGUGAGUGAGCUUCUUCGGGAACGUACUUUACUUUCAUUGCCACUAAAAUAACUCCAUAGAGGCCGGUGGCCCAUCACUAAGUCACAUCUUAUUUACACGUGAACAAUCUUUUAUAGAGGGGAAAUAUCUAUGAACUCAUCUGAGUAUCUCUGACACUCACUAGGUUUAUAUCAAUCAGUCAGGGCUCCUUGAUUGAAUCAGAUUAACAGCCCCAAAUCAGGGAUCUCACAUUCUCUGAUGUCCAGCUGGCUCAUUACAAUCACUACAUAUUUUAUCAGAUUAGAGAAGAAAACGUGUAAAAGAUAUUCCUUGAAUGACCAAAUAGGAUUUUAUCAAAGAAGGAUUUGGUUGUUGGAGUGAAAAUAAGCUAUUCUGAACAUUUCUCAAAAGAAAAUUUAAAAUGUUUGAGUCUGGAAAAUGAUUUUGGAAACUAGAGUACACCAACAGCUCGAAAGAGGAAGACAGUUUAACUUUGGAAUUGCCUGACAAUAUCUUUGCAGAGUGGAAAGAUGAGAAAGCUACAGAUACGGAAGCCACUGGAGUUAAAAUGUUAAAAUCACCAUGAACUGUUUUAAAUCCUGAGCUUUAAAAUUCAUCGACACAGAACAAUGAAAAAGCUUCUUUCAAGACAAAACUUUUGACUUUAAGUAUUGUAAGAAGAAAAAAUUUUCCAUAAAAUAUGAUGAAGGGUGACACUUUACAUCUUAAACUGGACAUGGAAUUCAGCAGUGUGCUCAUAAUCUUGAGAGGUUGUUUGGAGAAUUGGGGGAGGUUUAUUGCAUGUAUUGCAUGUGUCUGGAUCAUUAUUGAGAUUUAUAAAACAUUACAGGUUGUAGUAUUCUGCGUUGUGAAAAUGAAAACCAAUCGUAUGUGACACAUUUUCAUUUUCUUCUAGCCGGGAAGUGUUGUGAAUACCUAGUCCAUGGUUCAUUUAUUGUAGAACAUAAACUUUAGUUUUAGGAUUAUAAUUUUUAGCUUGUAAGCUAGAAGGGUCAGAAGAGAUAGAACUAAUAAUCAGGAGGUGGACUGACUUAGCUGGAGAUCUGGAUAUAAGAUUUUGAAAAUAUAUUGUCAUGAAUCAAUAUCUGUUAGAACCACGUUUUGAAAUAGUUCCGUUUGAAUUUCUGCUCAUCAGACAAUAUCAUUGAAAGUAGCCUAAGAACAGGAAAAGAACUGCAUGUGAGAUACUGUUGCCGAUGAACUAAAAUAGAAAAAUAUCGAGGUUCAAGCAGUUGUGCCUGCCUUAACUACACAAUUCGAGGCCUGUUUAUCAGUUUUAAAGAAAUAAGCUAAACGUUUGAUCUCAGCAGCUUGAACUUAGUAUUUGUUGAAGAUAAGAUUUUAUACUACAUAUUUUAUUUGUAUCCAGAUAUACAAGACUUUCUUCUCUUUCUCCAUGAUUUGCCUUCCUCCUUAUUUGUCUUUCCUCUCUGUCGCUCGCUCCACCUUCCCAUUGUUGUUGCAACCUCCUGAUCAUUGUCUUUAGCACUUCCCACAUCAAUAGUGAGUUCUCCAGCUCAAUAUUGUCAUCUCUCUCCCUUUGUCUUUGGGUUCCUACAGCUCUUUCUCAAUACCACCUUCCUCCUUCUCAUUGUGUGUCUUCUCCUGUUCCUCCUCAUAAUCUCUUUGCUCUACUUCUCAAGAGAUCAUACAAUCGCAACAGUACUAAAAGAGGUCAUUGCAUAUCAAUGUUAGUCCUCUGGAGGAGCAAUUUAACUUCCUCAACUCUUUCUUCACCCCUCCCUCCACCUUUUCCCCAUUGACCAAUACAUUUUUCCUUUUCAAUUUCCUAUUGAACCUGCCUCCACCACACUGUCAGGCAGUGGUACUUGCUGUGAGAAGACACUUUUUCUCAUGUGACUCUUCAUUUUGGACAGUGAUUUGAAAUCUGUGCCCUAUAGUUUUCAAUCUUUCCACCAAUGGGAACAAUUUCUCCCUGCCUACUCUGUCCAGACUCCUGCUGAUUUUGAAAAUCUCCAUUCAGUCUGUUUUCAGCCUUCUCCAAGGAGAUCAGCCCCAAUUCCUCCAAUCUUUCUGCAUAACUUAAGUUUCGCAACCCUGGAAUUCUGAGAUUAUCAUGAAGCUAUUCUGCAUGCUCUCUAAUGCCUUCACUUCACUUUCCUGCAAGUGUGGUGUCCAGUCCUAUGUGAAAUAUUCCAGUUGCAGCUGAAUCACUGAUAUAUACUGUAUCUAUUUCCAACAUCCUGUGAGCAUAUAACUUUUAUGGAACAUUUGCGUUCCAAGACAAGUUAGGUACCAGCAUUCAAUUCUGCUCUGCUGUAGAGUAGGGGCUCAUUGCAAAGGUUACAAUAGGUCACUUGGAACAGUUGAGGAGUUAGCGAAAUGCAGUUCCAGGGACAAUUUUAUUGGGCAGAUACAGGAAUGGACUCCAUGCUACACGUGCUGAUUUUUAGCGGUACCUGAAGAAAGAAGUCAAGAGCAUUCUGCCAGCUCUAUGUAGUAAGGACUCAGGAGGAGCUGGGAAGAUGGGAAUGUCACUCAUGGGACUCAAAAUUCUGCAAGUAUUACCACUUUAGUGCAGCCAACAGCAAUGUUUACCUCAUGACUGAUCAAGGUUAGAACUCAGAAAAUUGCUAGGGAUAUAUCUGGCUUGGUAAAGUGCUGGAGUUGUGUUUGUGAAUAAUUAUUGGAGUACAGUUUCAGAGUCCAUGGGAGGGUGAUUGGCCAUAACAGAGCCAGUCAUUGAGGUAGUUAAUAACUGACUCUUGUGAGGGAGAUUCAAUGCUAGUGAAAUAUUGUAGUCCCUCAAAAAGGUUUGUAAGAUCUGAUGACCCAUCAUAUCAUUCACAUCGGGAGGAAGUUGCUGAGAAAUCAUUGGGAUCUCUCUUAGUUUCAUUUGCUAUUUGAUGCGUGCAGUGAGGUGUUAAAUCAUAUCUGCGAUGUGAUAUGUAAUUUACUACAUGUUAAUUAUGGAUGUUAGAUACAAAGUGUCCAUAUUUUGUAGGUCGUAUUACUAUCCAAAAAUUGUAUUGUGACAUUGUUGUUUUCACAAAGUUGUGGAAUCUUGAGGUUUUAUUCUCUCAGUAAGUUGCUUCAUGUUUUGACUACUUUAAAAACAAAAGGAUCUUGGCCUCUUAUUAGAUGGUAACAGCAGGUUGUUGAUCAAAUUUGAGAUCAUAACAAACUGAUUUAACAUACCUGCCUUGCUUUUGUAUCAGUGCUCCUAUUCAUAAAAUCCAGAAUGCCUCAUGUUUUAUUAAUCACUCGUUCAACUUGUCUUCAAUGAUUUAGGCACUGGAUAUACACAGCUACCUCUACUCCUGAACCUUUUUUAGAACCGUACCUGUAUUUUAUAUUGGCAUUCUGUCCCUGCCUCCUGAGUAAAACAACCUGGAUGUGGUCUUUUGAAGUUCUACUCUGUUGAUCAAGAAAAAGGAGGCAUAUGUCCGGUAUAGGCAACUGGGAUCAAGUGAAUCUCUUUAAGAGUUUAAAGGGUGCAGGAGUAUGCUUAAGAGGGGAGUCAGGAGGGCAAAUAGGGGACAUGAGAUAGCUCCGGCAGAUAGGUUAAGGAGAAUCCAGAGAGAUUCUACAAGUACAUUAAGGGUAGAAGAGUAUCUGGGGAGUGAAUAGGGCCCCUUGUAGCUCAACGGGGUCAUCUGUGUGAAGAUACAGGAGAUGGGUGAGAUACCAAACAAAUGUUUCUUGUCAGUACUUACUGAGGAGAAUGACAUAAAAGCUAGCAAACUAAGGGAAAUAAAUGUACCAAGACUGCGAAGUUUGAGUUAUAGGAAGAGGCUGCUGGAUAGACUGGGACGUUUUUCCUCUGGACUGUGGGAGACUUGGGGGUGACCUUAGCCAAGAUCUUUUCCGCAGAGUAGGGGAGCCCAAAACUAGAGGGCAUAGGUUUAAGGUGAGGGGGGAAAGAUUUAAAAGGGACCUGAGGGGCAAUGCUUUCACACAGAGGGUGGUGUAUGGCUGGAAUGAGCUGC